GCCUGUGCACUGACAGGGGAGCAGUCGUCUUGAGCCCCCACAACCUGUCUCUGCCUCCUGUGUGUUUCUUCGUAUCUGUCUGAUCAGCUACAAAACAUGACUGUGAAACAUCUAGACCAGGGCCAGCAUUACAGGCCAAGAAUGGCAUUCCUGAAAAAGAUUGAAGCUCUGCUACUAGAGAUGCAGGACAUGGAGACCGGUAUUAAGAUGCACACACAGAGGCUGAUGAUCACCACUAUUCCUCAUGCAAUCACAGGACAUGAUAUUCUGGAGUGGAUUAUACAGAGGCUGCAGAUUACUGAUGAAGAAGGGCAGCAUCUUUGUAAUCUGAUGGUGAAAUGUGGCUACAUCUACCCUUUGCAGGAGCCCACUAACCUCAUUCUCAAGCCAGACAACAGCCUGUACAGGUUCCAGACACCAUAUUUUUGGCCAACCCAGCAGUGGCCUGCAGAGGACACAGAUUAUGCAAUUUACCUGGCAAAGAAAAAUAUCCGUAAAAAGGGCAUACUGGAAGAAUAUGAAAAGGAAAACUACAGCAAUUUGAAUAAGAAAAUUAACCACAAAUGGGACUUUAUCAUCAUGCAGGCAAAAGAGCAGUACAAGGCCGGAAAGGAGCGUAAGAAGUCCGACCGUGUGGUGCUGGACUGUCAGGAAAAGGCAUACUGGCUGGUUCACCGACCACCUCCGGGAAUUCUGGAUGUGUUGGAAUAUGGGAUGGACAGAGCCACUGACCCCAAUGUUGUCAAGAAGAGGACGGUGGAUUUCUACAGGCGAGAAAUCAUGUACUAUCAGCAGUCUCUAAUGAGAUCUACAGUAAAGUCUUCUGUGUCUAUAGCUGGGAUUCUGAAAUACUGUGAGCAAUACUACUCUCAUGAUCCCAUAAUGUCUGGGUGCCUACCUAGUAACCCGUGGAUUACGGAUGAUGCCAUGUUCUGGGAGCUUAAUGCAAAAUUAGUGGAAACUCCUACAAAGCUGCGAGUUGAGCGUUGGGCAUUUAAUUUCAGUGAACUGAUUCGGGACCCAAAAGGAAGACAAAGUUUUCAGCUGUUCCUUAAGAAAGAAUUUAGUGGGGAGAACAUGAGUUUUUGGGAGGCCUGUGAAGAUCUGAAAUAUGGAGACCAGUCAAAGGUGAAGGAGAAAGCAGAGGAGAUUUACAAGCUCUUUCUGGCUCCAGGUGCCAGACGUUGGAUUAAUAUCGAUGGCAAAACCAUGGAUAUCACAGUGAAAGGACUGAAGCACCCUCAUCGCUAUGUGUUGGACGCUGCUCAAACCCACAUCUAUAUGUUGAUGAAAAAGGAUUCAUAUGCCAGGUACCUGAAAUCCCCCAUCUACAAAGAGAUGCUCAACAAGGCCGUCGUGCCACAGGAGACCAAAAAAAGUAACUUUCCAUUCAUGCGUCGGCAUCGGAGAUCUAGCCCAAGCCCGGUGAUCCUGCGACAGCUCGAGGAAGAAGCCCGAGCAAAGGAGGCUGCAAACACCGUGGAUAUUACCCAGUUGUGCCAUUACACUGCUCCAAUUCCUCACCUGACUGUUUACACCGGUACCUGUGCCUCCCCGUCCCCAACGAGUCCCUUCCUGACCUGCCACCCUGCAACAGACCUCUCUACCCCCUCCCUUGGACACAUCGCAUUGCCAAAUUGUGCAGCCUGUCCUUCUCCUAUUAGUGUAGCAAUAGAAAGUACUCCAGAUGUGGAAAGAAAAUGGGACGCCAACAGAGUGUAUGACUCUGACAACCAGUUCCCUUCUCCCACUGACAACACAGAAGUGUCAUUCGGAUCAGAAUCUGGAACGGCUGGGAACUACCUAUCUGUCCCAUUGGAGAUCAAAACGGCUCAGAAAUCCAAGGUGACAUUGUCUUUCAGCAAGCUCUUGAAAAGGGGGUGCUCAAAUUCCCCAGUUUUUGCCACCCUUUCUCCCAAGUGCCCAGCGGUGAAUCACGGCAAAGUGCAACCUUUAAACGAGCUUGAGCAACAGUUUCAACAAACCUCAAAGAAGGUGACCAACUUUUUCCAGAUUAAAGUAGACAUUCCAGCUGAGUGUCGGAUUUUUCCCAUUGACGCAGAGGAGGAGGAAGACAACCAGCUGGCUUGUAAGGACUCCAUUCAAGAAGUGAUCUGUCCCUGGGAGAACAUCAUAGAAGAAGGUAAAGCAGGGUAGCAGCACAUGGCCAGAGGGCACCCAGAAAAGGGACACUGUCGCGACACACUGUGGAUGGGAACUUUUCUGAAUCAAAAAAGUGCAUUAGGAUACGCAAUGAAUCCAACAACCGCCUUUACCAUUAACCAGUUCACUGCCACUGGGGGGAACAGAACUUCCUCUCUCACUUGAGCACACAAGUUAAAGCCAAAUCACCAAUAAUUUAGUAUUUAGUUGGACUCCUAGAUCAUUGAUCUGAAACCUCCUUUGGUGGUAAAGAUGUACUGUAGCCAGGUAGAGGUUUUUGUUCAGCAAUUAUUUGUUCACACUCAGUCAGUCUUUUACUGUUAUAUCAGUGUGUUUACAUAUAGUUGGUCACUCCAGAUUGGCUCAGUUUGUGUUUAGGGCAGGAAACCAGAUAAUACAUGUUGACAUGAAUAGUUUCCUUCAAGUUCCUAUUCAUUUUCUGAGCUCUCACAUGUUAUCUAUUAUUAUUAUUAUUAUUAUUAUUAUUAUUAUUAUCCUUUAUUUAUAUGGCGCCACAAGGGUUCCGCAGCGUCCAAUUACAGAAUACAUAUGCACAUUAUCAAAACAGGAAAACAGUGACUUACAGUUGAAGACAAUAUAGAACAAGUACAGGGUAACUAAGCAUAAUUACACCAGUAGAGGACAUAGAGAUAAGUUUCAAGGUGGCCAAAAAACUGCGGGAUUUGGGCAGUUGAGGAUUAUUAAAGUAAGAAAAGGAUAAGCACAUGAGGGAAGAGGGCCCUGCUUGUGAGAGCUUACAUUCUAAAGGGGAGGGGCAGACACAGAUGGGGUAGACCGAGCAUGGGACGGGGUUAGGAUGAGAUUUGGCUGGGUUUGGAAAAUAUCAACUGAUUAAUGAAAAGGCAAUUAAUGAAUGAUUGCAUCUAGUGAGUGGAGUUUCAAAGAGUAUUUAAAGUAUUACAUGGUAGCACUAUCUGGUGACGAGAAAUUCAGUAACGUGACAUAUGAAAGGUGGUACUCUUAAUAAAUAGCAAUCUCUAAUGAGUAAUAAGCAUUAAUAUUUUAGGUAGCUUGGGUAAAUAAGUAUUAAAUAGUGGUACGGAAUAAUUAUAGCAUCAAAUUAUGAAGUAAUGACUGAGAAUCAGUUGACUGCUGUAGCUGCCUCAUUCCCUUCCCUCUUAGUCAUUUUACAAUUAAAUUCCCAUCUUAUAGGGGUACAAAUGGCAAGAUAGUGUGGGACCUCAAUGCCACUAUUCUUCAGUAUGAAUACUACCUGAAUAUGUAUGUACACACACAGAAUUGGCCUGUUAUCUUAAAAAUAAGAAUAACCCCCCCAAGAAAACUAUGGCCAGCGAGUAUGAAAUAACUUGAAGUGAGAAGGGGAAGUAGGGAGAGUCCUUUGACCCCCAAACUAUAUGUGUUGACCCCAGUGGUGCAAGUAGAAAAAAUGUCUUAUAGGCACUUCAGCGCGCGCACCAAAAAAAUGGGUGUGGCCAUAUGCAACAUGGGGCGUGACCAAUGAAAAUGGGGGCGUGAUACACAUAUGGGGGGGCCAGAUACACCUAUGACACCAAUAGUGCCAGAUACACAUAUGCCCCCACAGUGCCAGAUACACCCCCACCAUGCCAGAUAUGCUCCUACAGUGCCAGAUGCACAAAUGCCCCACGGUGCUAGAUACACGAAUGCCUCCAGUAGUGCUAUAUAUGCCCCCACAGUGCCAGACACACAUUGCCCCAGAGUGUCAGAUACACAUUGCCCCAGAGUGUCAGAUACACAUAUGCCCCCACAGUGCCAGAUAUGCCCCUUCAGUGCCACAUAUGCCCCUUCAGUGCCAGAUACACCCCCACAGUGCCAGAUACGCACCCACAGUACCAGAUAUGCACCCACAUUGCCAGGUAUACAUGCCCCCACAGUGCCAGAAACACAUGCCCCCACAGUGCCAGAGACACAUAUGCCCUCAGAGUGUCAGAUAUGCCCCCAUAGUGCCAGAUACACAUGCCCCUCAGUGCCAAAUAUGCCCCCACAAUGCCAGAUACACAUAUGCCCCCAGAGUGGCAGAUAUGCCCCCAGAGUGCCAGAUAUGCCCCCACAGUGCGAGAUAUGCCUCCAGAGUGCCAUAUAUGCCCCAAAGUGCCAGAUAUGCCCCCAGAGUGCCUGAUACAUAUGCCCCCACAGUGCCAGAUAUGCCCCCACAGUGCCAGAUACACAUGCCUCCACAGUGCAGGUAUGCCUCCACAGUGCAGGUAUGCCCCUACAGUGCCAGGUAUGCCCCUACAGUGCCAGGUAUGCCCCCACAGUGCCAGAUACAAAUGCCCCCAGAGUGCCAGAUAUGCCCCAGCAGUGCAACUUACUCACCGUUGUUGCUGCUGCCUGGGGCUGGCACGAUCUUCUGCUGGGGAGAGGAGAGCGCAGCACGUGCUCCUCCUGUUCCUCUCCUACCCUCAGUCCGGUCUCCUGAACUGGUGCCGAUCCGCAAGCCAAUCAGGGCUCGCGGUCCAGCACCAGCGGCUCCUAAUUGGCUGCCGUCAGAAAGGGUAGUGACUAAGUGGAAUAGCCUCCCAUCAGAGGUGGUAGAGGCUAAGACUGUAGAGCAAUUUAAACAUGCUUGGGACAGGCAUAUGAAUAUCCUUACAAAGAAUUAAGGUUAAAAAAGGGUUGAGAUUGCCUAAAGGAUAAAAUAAAAAAGGGGCAGACUAGAUGGGCCAAGUGGUUCUUAUCUGCCGUCAAAUUCUAUGUUUCUAUGUAAACUGAUGUGUGAAAGGAAAAUAGUUUACAGCAGGCCUGGCCAACCUGUGGCUCUCCAGAUGUUGUUAAACUACACAUACCAGCAUGGCCUGCUACAGUUUUAGCAUUCCCUAAUUGCAAAACUGUGGAAAGGCAUGAUGGGACUUGUAGUUUUACAACAGCUGGAGAGCCACAGGUUGGCCAGGCCUGGUUUACAGCUAUUAUUAUUAUUAUUAUUAUCCUUUAUUUAUAUAGCGCCACAAGGGUUCCACAGCGCCCAAUUACAGAGUACAUAAACAAAUAAGAAAAACAAGAAAAUAGUGACUUAAAGUUCAAGACAAUAUAGGACAAGUACAGGGUAUAUAGACAUAGCUGCGUCACCAUACAAUACUUUUUACAUUUCUUAAACACACAUCUUAUUUAUUAAUUUUCUUAAAUGUAAAGACUAAAUCAGUUUGAAGUUUGUAGACCCAUUGUAUUUAAAUGAUUAUGGAACUGUCCAAGUUUUUGUCCCAUUACUGCACUCUUAUUAUAUUUGACUUUAAUCAUAAAUUUAUAUAUUUGUAUAGGAAAAUAAUAUACAAUUCCACAAGAAUAAGAAAUAGCUGCCAAAUAGUGCCCAGUUUUUCAUAAAGUCAUCUUCCGUACAGUCGUAUAAUUCAACAAGGUUCAUUUAUAUGAACCAGAUACAUAUGCCCCCACAGUGCCAGAUAUGCCCCCACAGUGCCAGAUACUGUAUGCCCCCAUCUUCCAUACAGUCGUAUAAUUCAACAAGGUUCAUUUAUAUGAACCAGAUACAUAUGCCCCCACAGUGCCAGAUAUGCCCCCACAGUGCCAGAUACUGUAUGCCCCCAUCUUCCGUACAGUCGUAUAAUUCAACAAGGUUCAUUUAUAUGAACCAGAUACAUAUGCCCCCACAGUGCCAGAUAUGCCCCCACAGUGCCAGAUACUGUAUGCCCCCAUCUUCCGUACAGUCGUAUAAUUCAACAAGGUUCAUUUAUAUUUGCAAGGGAGAAAUAAACAGCAGCUUUGUUUUGGUUUUAACUGGGGCUGCUCCUAAACUUGUGUCAUUUCAAAGGCUCUGCAGUGACAGUGAGUCAAAUUAUAUUAUUGUGCUGUGUCCCUUAACGGAACAUACAGGGGAAGAAUAAAUUAGCCACGCGUUUAAUGACCAGAGCUAUUCAAUUAGAAGCCUGUCUUCUCGCACAAUAACCCAUAGAUUCUGGUUUAGGUGCCCGUCGCUAUGGGUUUAUUAGCUCGCGGGCAGCUGCAGUGAGCCACGAAAGCCCUACUUAUAGCGGAUUUCUGUUCCCUCCUCAGGCCCACGGUAAAGUGGGUACACACGGAGAGAUCUGUGCUUAAUUUCUAAACAAUUUGACUAGAUUGCUUAGAAUUUAAGCACGGAUCUCUCCGUGUGUAUGCCCCACAGCGAUAGCGAUACGUAGCGCUAUCGCCGGUACUAGAUUGGCCUGCAUGCAGGCACAAUCUAGCACAUCGCUCAUUUCAGCCCCCGUCCCCCUUCUCGCUCAGCACACAUCAUGCUGUGUGCUGAGCAGGGGAGAGAUGUGUGCUGAGCGUUCUGUGCUAGAUCGCUCAGCACACAUCUCUGGGAGAAAUCUCCCCGUGUGUACGGCCCUUAAGUGCCACGGGUAAUUGAAUUCAGCCCUAAGAAACCCCAGAGUUCUACAUUUUCUAUUCCAGGUUGAGGGUGUUCUGGAAAAGCCAGGUCAUGACAUUCAAAAACAGUGACACUUUGGGACUGUUUCAGAAUUAAGUACAAAACAUAAAAAAACAGUAACAGGACAGAUUUAGAUUUACUAGGAGUGUCUCCUAGCUUACAUCUAAAUAGCAAUGUCAAAAAUAAAGCUGUCUAGCAUUUGUCGGCUACAUGCAAAAGCAGCCUGCAGUGUUUACCCUGCAUGCAAAACACAUUAUUAUUUUUAUUGCUCUCAGCUAUGAAUCAGACCCUUUGGGGCCUAUUUAUCAAUUAUUAUUUGCAGGAUAUCAGAUAAUAGGUGUUUUUUUUUGUUUUUUUUAUGGGAGGGACCACAAAUAAUCUGUCAGGGACCACAGAUUUCUCCAGUAUCUGCUGUAAUCCCCCUGUUUUUGACCACAAAAGCAGCUUUGGUAGAAACCUAUGUGGGCUUUCUUGACGAAUUUGCCAAGCUCCGGAAUGCGAAGUCUGGCCCCGGUAGCUAACGAUAUGUGAAGAUGGUGUUAGCCUUUGUAGCCUAUAGGCUACAGAUCGUAAAUACUGUAGUUCCUAGAGAGGGAUCCGUAUGGGAUGUAGUUAUGUGACUGGUAGUCAGGAGACCGCCGGUCACAAUACCGGCACCUGCAUCCCGCCCCUUCACUAUUACGAUGGUCGGCAUGCCGACCAACAUGGACUGUUACCACUCGUAAGUGUCCACGACACCCAUAGAGUGGGAGUAGAACCUGUGGCGAGCCCACAGUGUUGCGAGCGCAGCGAUCUAGCAAGGGGCUUCAUUGCGCUCCCACCACCCACCUCCUCCGGCCAUGUAAAUGCCGGGAUCCCGGCGUCGGUAUUGUGAUCGGCGGUCUCCUGACCGCCGGUCGCACAUACCCAACCCAUCCGUAGGCAGGCCACACAUCUGAAGUAGCACUGCGACCCCAGACAGGCGAAAGCAAAGUGAUUGGUAAUGAUUUUUUGUUUACACAUCUCAGGGACGGGCUUCUACUUGAGCCCUUGUCCCUGCAUGUGUUCUGUUAUAAUUACCAGGUCAAGACCUAAUAAAUAGUAAAUGGGUUCCUCUACAGGGUGAAAAUAUAUAUCUUUUGUCUCUACACCACUUAAAAUUCUCAGGAUAGGACUACAAAACAUUUUUGUCCCUGUAUUUAGGAUAAAUAGGAGAAAAGAGGUACAGAAAUUUCUAUGCAAUAGGUAAAACAUGUCUUAUUGGUGUAAUGAAGGAAAAAAAUAAAUAUAUUUUGUCUGUUUUGUUUGUUUUCCCUGUAUACCAAAAAGGGAAUCCAUGAUUAUAUAUCAAAAGAAAUUCCAAUCUGGCCAGAUAAAAAUAAGUGUUUAUUUCCUUUGGGUAAAUAAAUCUGUUAGUAAUUAAUAGUAUUAAAAGCACAGAACAAUUUUGUGACAUUUAGUCUGGGCAUACUGUAACGGUAUAACAGACCCCAGUUAUAAAGGGGUUAAUCAGUGGACCAACGCGUUUCAUGCCUUCAUCUUUACAAAUUCCACUUCUGUGUGGAGAGCCAAAAUACACGCGCUGUUGGCGAGACAAGCUGGUAGAACCUCUAUGCUAGUGAGUAUUUUAGGCUGGCAGCACUACAGUGAAAAAUAAUGGGGUAGUAAUCCCUACAGUUUAAAUCUCAUUACAUGGAUAGCAGUCUGUCAGUGCUGAAAAGGAAAGGUCUCUGUAAUCUCAAUAAUCAGAUCUGCUACCUACUGUCAUUUUGUUACAACCUGUUUUAGUACUGCCUUCCAAAUACGCCUCAUGUUAAACUUGUAACUGUGUGUGAUGCCUUACUGUUCAUAAAUGUCAAUUCAAUAAAA